AAGAAGUAGAAACCACAGAACAGAGUCUCACGGAGUAUGUUUCUGUUCACGUUGUUUCACAAAAUAAUUCAGGCUCCUUCUCCUGUUCUCUCCCGUCUCCUCUCUCUUCUCUUUCAUUUUAUUUCACAGAUACCUCUGGACAGGUAUCUACUCCAAAUCCGACGAAUUCAGCGGAGGAAGGGAAGCCUUUCACUUGAGCUGCUUUUUCGUUUCUAAUAUGUGCAGGAAAUGAAGACAUCUUCUGCCAUGCUUGGAAUUGGGAAAUUUCUCUGGGUUCUCUUCCUAAUCCCAGAUUUGUGCAUCUGGAGCAUCUGUGGGGAAGAAUCAUGUGAAGUACAACUUUACAUUAAGAGAAACUCUGUGCACUCUGUCGCGUCAGGAGAUCCCUUUGAACUGAAAUGCCCCGUGAAAUACUGUAACAUCAGACCUAAUGUGACUUGGUGUAAGCUCAAUAGAAGCAACUGUCAACCACUGGUGGAUGGAUUUCAUCUACACACAAGUUGGAGAGAAGGAGUGAAUAUUUCGGAUUUUAUUCUACAUUUUGAGCCAGUGCUUCCUAGUGACAAUGGGUCAUAUCGUUGUCAGUCGAAGUUUUCCGUUGGCAUCAUUGAGAGCCACUCAACAACCAUUUAUGUGACAGUUUCUCUAGGAACAUCUCCAGAGCUCAAACCAUCAGCCUGUGUGUUUGAUCAGAUUCAAAAUAAGUCAGAACGCCCUCUAAUGAGUGCAACUAGUACUGCAGGACCAGCCUCCAAGGAAGAGAAGGCAAGCCAACCGUGGCUCCUGUAUGGUUUGAUGGUUUUGGGAGGAUUGCCCCUGCUCAGUAUCAUCUGCUUCUGCCUCCUCUGCUGCCUGAGAGAGCACCAAGGCAAACAAGAGAAGCCUACUGAUACAGAUAGAGCAGGGAGAGAAAUUAACCUGGUUGAUGCUCCCCAGCUCAUCAGCAGUGAGCAAGCAAAAGCGGGCCCCAGGAAAAAAUCCCAAACAGUGCCAGCAGAAACUGGAAUUUAUGACAAUGACCCCUGGUUUAGGUUGCAGGAAAGGGCUGAAGUUUAUUCUAACUCAUGCCUGGAAGAAAACAAGCAGGGUAUCGUUUAUGCUUCCCUGAAUCAUUCUUUCUUUGGAAUGAACCCCAAACAGACAAGAAAUGAGAAAGAAGCACCAACAGAAUACGCAUCCAUAUGUGUGAGGAGUUGAAUCUUCUUGUGACUCUAAGCUGUGAUUAAUAAAUGUCAGAAUAUCAAUGCCAUUGCCUCGAUCCAAAUAGCAUCGCUCAACAUGGCAGUUGAGCCUCUUUUCAAAGAAGCUCAUACUGGUGCUUGUGUCUUAAGUGCCCAUAGAAACCAUGAUUAAGGCUUCUCCCAAAACCUUUUUCCAAUUAUGGGCUUGAACAACAGUUUUUUCUCUAAAACUGAAUGACAUCAAGAGGAUCAGAACACUUACUUUAGAUACAUUUUGUCCAAUGUGCAAAUUUAAUCCUUCUUUUAGAGCUGUAAGAGACUCGUUGGGAAGAGAAAAUUUAUGUUACUAGUAUGAGUUCACUACACGUUCUUGAAAAAAGAUGAAAAGAAACAGUGGGAGCCCAAGUGGUGGUGCAGCAAGCUAAUCCUCCGUCCUGUGGAACUGGCACUCUGUAUGGGUGCCAGAUCUUGUCUUGGCUGCUCUACUGCUGAUUCAGCUCUCUGUUUAUGGCCUGGGAA